AUGCUUUCAUUUAAUAUUGUCAUCUAUUUCUUACAUCUUGAUGGCCACAGAGUCACAGUGGUCGAGUCACUCGCUGUUUACUGGGCCAACAGGUAUUCGAAUAUUGUCACUGGAGCUGGAGGCAUUUAUAACUGCCCCGAGACUUUCGAAUUUCCGCUGGAGAGAGACCAAAGUUACGCAAACGUCGAUCUCGACGAGGCCCUCGGCGUCGGUGCUCCCCCUUACGACAUCAUCGCAGGACCCGUAAUAUCGAACCCGACACGCCUGGACUUCAGCGCCGCUUUGAGGGAGGGUGUGACAGUGACUCUACGGAUGACAGGAGCGAUGGAUACAAGCAGUGAUUGCUCAUUUCAGCUUAUCUUAAUAGAUAACCAAGCGCCGAACAUAAUAUGUCCAGGAAACCGGGAGCUCCAUACUUCCUCUUCAGACAUCGAGGUCUUCUGGCCUCCAGCGGUGGCCCGAGACAAUGUCGGCCUCCGCUCCAUUAACCCUAUCACCUACUCGCACAUCAAUGGGGUCAGACUACCUGUAUCACCCGACCCAGUCAUCAUCACGGCGACGGCUUAUGACACAUCCGACAACGCGGCCACGUGCGACUUCAGGAUCCUGGUUGGAGAGCAAGGCGACAACGACAACCUCAUCAUGAUUGACUGUCCCGUCGACGAGAUCGUCACCUUCCCACUCGAUGUCGGCACCAGUCACAGUACCAUUGAUCUUGACAUCCAGGGCCGCGACGCCAGCGGUCAGACGGUGCCCGUCUACCGUACCGAGGGACCCACCGAUGUCAUCCUACCAGGGGUGGUGGAGUACUCGGAGAGGUUCAGGGACGGGCAGCGCUUCACCUUCGUGGCUGAGGACCCCGUCACGAGAAUGAGUAGUACCUGCAGCUUUGUGGUAAAACUCGUAGACGACGAGAGUCCAACCAUCAAAUGUCCGGACAAUGUCGAAGUGCGAACGACCCAGGACAUGACUUCGGUGACGUGGCCUCCUGCCACCGCCAUCGACAACCUUGCCGCCCCUAGCAACAUCACCAUCUCCUAUCGCCCCGAGAAUGGUGCUAACCUUGAAGCUACUGACCCACCUAAGAUAAGCGUCAUCACAGCCGAAGCCAGGGAUUUAUUCGACAAUGCUGCUCAGUGCCAGUUUAUCGUCGCUCUCCAGAAAGUCGCUGCCGAUUGUUCGUCAUUUCCCAGUCUUCCCGACGCUUCGGCUACGUGCCUCACGACGUCAUCGGGUCAGGCGCAAUGCUAUGUGUCAUGUGACCUGGGAUUCCGGUACGUCAUGACCUCUAACCUCUUCGUCUGUGAGAUAGGAACCAACGGCGACGCUUACUGGAACCCAUCACCUAAUGAGGCCAUGUGUGCAGAACCUCAAUACGGAGAGCGACUGUCCAAGAGCGUCACGAUACGCUUCAUCGUACCUGACGUCGUCUGUCUCAAAGACGACGACGAACUCGCCAUGAUCGUCCGCAACUUCAUCGUCCCUCAACUGAUUACCGAAUCCCUGUGCGAGUAUAGGACAGCUCGUGCAUGCCAAGAUCAAUAUAUUGUUCCGUACUGUGGUGGAAAACCAGGAAUUAAGAAACGUCGUCGAAGACGACAGUCAGGAGAGACUCUUCUCGAUGUCGAUAUUGAAGUCAGCUCCGAGGUCAACAACAAUACAAACGUACUGCAGGUAAUAAAUCUUCAGCAAGACGUCAAUACCCUCGUCCUCAUGAUCGAAGAUUACGUCAUGGAAAACCAACUCAUGAUCCAAAUCGACGAUGAAGAGCAUCUAUCAAGGACGGACUGGUCGAUCAUGUCAUCAAGCUUCGCCUGGAAAUGUCCUCAAGGAUGGAAGGUCACCGACGUUGGUUGUGUCCCGUGCCCACAGGGGUCUUACCAGGACACAGAUGGUAACAUAUGUGAGUUCUGCCCAAGAAAUACAUACCAGGAGCAACCUCAGCAGACAUCUUGCUUAGAGUGUACAGGAGAGAACACCAUCGAAAGGGAGGGCACAUUCUUCGCAAGUGGAUGCUAUUCAGUCACGUCUUCUUCAGGCGGACAAGGAACAAGUUUCGCCGGUCUCACUGCCAUCUUCGUCAUCUUCUGUAUCAUCCUCUGUCUCGCCCUCCUCUUCAUCAUCGUCGUCGGCAUCAUCUACUGUUGCAUGCGGAACAAGAUCACCCAUCGCUUUGCCUCGUCAACACGGAAACGAUCUACGAGUAAGCUGCAUUACCUCAACGAGGCUUUCGAGAGCGAUAAUGACACGAUGCCGGGCCCUGACAUGCGGUAUGAGAACAACAGCGGUACGGCGAGGCGGAACGUCUCACGGCAGUUCAGUCGGUCGUCGUUGAGCACGCAGUACGGUUACUCGCAGAGUGAUCCCGACGAUCUUGCUCUCAUGAACUCCAAUUUCUCGUUCGGCGCACGCGAUGAGGACGGCGGGUUGGUGAUGAGACCGGUCGACGGUUCGGGCCGGUCGGAACACGGUAGUCCUGAUGGCGGUGAAUCCACGAGCUCGCCAGGACCCCCCGAAGAAGGCGGCGGCGGCACAUCGCAACCGCCUACCAACCAGGGGGAGAGACGGGAUGAGAAGGUUCUUGAUGAGAGUACGGGAGAGUACCUGUGGCCUGCACCUCCUUCCCCUCCAAGCCCGCCACCACCACCAGCACAACGAGAAGGUGAGACGGUAUUGGAUGACAACGGGCCGACCACUAGACUUUGAUUUAUCAAUAAGAAUUUAUGGUUUUCAUAACUUUGUAAAUAUUACAACAUUAUAUUACAAUUAUAACUAUAAUUUUAAACUAUACACUUGAAUUCCUUUUUGAUCUUGUUUGUUUGACAACCUAUAUAUUCUAUUUUACAUACGUGGCCGCGAGCGAGUAUUAAGCCCAAACUGUUAAAGUAUAUUCUAAUGAUUUUGUUGCAUUGGGACUACGUAU